AUGAGCGACCUGUUGGGUUACGUUGCGCGGUCACUUGAAGAGGAAGAGGAGUUUCACUUCUUGCGAUUUGAGCAGCUCCAGCGGAUCAACAUCGUCGCACAACAAUUGCGGCUACUUGAGCUCAAGCUGCAGUUUGACGGCACGCGAAACGCCUCAGCCGAUGACCUUGGAAAGCUCAAAGAUAGCCUGAAAGACUAUGUCACCGCGAUUCGGGAUUACCAGUUCCUUAGAAGCCGAAAGAGCGUAGCGAGGAAAGAUACACACCCGAGGAGACUCAUGCUGCAAGCAUGGUUCCAGUCUCGGUUUGGGACUGGCGAGGUGUUCUAUUCUCAUUACGCCUACUUCGACGAGACGGUCACCACGAUCGACCAUUUUCGCAGGUACUUAAUGAAGAAACUGCCUGUCUACGUCACAUACUCUGAGAACGAGCGAUCUGAUCGUUUGAAGGAGUAUGAAGAUGGCAAGGAACCCAAAGACGUGUCGCCAUUCGUCGAUUAUCUUGCUCGCUUUCUGAUAGCGAUAACGGGUGGUCUAUUCCUUAUCGUUCCAAUGCUGAUCAUGGCUAUUGAUACGUCGCAAAAGAAAAGCCUGAUCACGGUUUCCCUGUCGGUUUUCUGGUUCGCGCUUGCCCUCUCAUUUGGAGUUCGGACUUCGAACGUCGAAGCGCUUGUCUCGACGGCGACUUAUGCUGCUGUUCUGGUGGUGUUUGUGGGGACCAGCUCUGGCGAUGGAGGCACCGUGGCAGCUGCAAAGCACGUUGUCUCGCCGUCGCUCGAAGCAGAGGUGAUCGCCGGAGGUGUAGUGCAGCGCAACCCUCCGGGUACGCUUGAUAAGCUGAAGGAUGUCGGUGCCGGGCGCAUCGCCGCUAUGGGUGCCGGCCACUUGUCUAUGCAAGUCCUCGUGCAGCAAUCUGCCUCGCGCUUGGAAAAUAUUGAGGGGUGCCGCGCAGCAAACGAUGCUGUUCGCUCCGUGAUCGUAUCCAUGCCUACACGAUUCGCCGGGUUCGCGGUGCUGCCUAUGUCUCUGCCGGAAGAAGCCGUAGCAGAGCUCAACCGCAGCGUUACAACCCUUGGGUUCAAAGGCGCGAUGAUCUGGGAUCAUCUCGACGAUGGAACGUACUACAACGGCGCGCGCUUCGAUCCAGUCUUCGCCAUGGCGCAGAAUCUCGAUGUACCGCUGUACUUGCAUCUUGCUACCCCGACCGCAGAUAUCGCAGCCAAGUUGUACGUGGGCAACUACCCAGCCGCCGUGGCGGGAAAGCUCGGGGUGACGUGGUGGGGUGGCAUGUCGAUGUAG